UCUUAUACAUCUAGAAAGAUUGGAAAAUUAAACAGAUAGAACUUUCUUUCUAUGAUUCUAAGUUUGAUUAUUUAAGAGUUUAUCGAAAAUAGUAUUUCUGUCUAGAGAAAUAAGAUCUUCGUAAAAAUUAUUAUCAUCAGAUUCAACGUGUGAGAUUACACGGUAUGUUAUUAUUAUAUUGUAUUAAGUUAUCUAUAUGGUCUUAAUUCAUUCAAUCAUUGUCUAUUGUUCAGUUAAGGUUUAUAGAAUUGAUCAAGAAGUACUCCUCGCGAUUCUGAUCCAGAGUAUGUUCCUAUCUACCGAGAAGAUUGUAGUUUUUUAAGUUUGAAGAAAAUAGAGGAUUCUUGAUUUGGAUAUGGAAACCUUAUAUCCAACUUCUUUUGUACCAAAUUCAAAUUGGAUUAUGCAAGAGAGUAAGAGUAAUACAGAAUGGACUAAAGAAGAGAACAAGAGAUUUGAAAGUGCACUUGCAAUAUACGACGAGACUACACCAAAUCGAUGGUUUAAAGUAGCAGAAAUUAUCCCUGGGAAAUCAGUUCUUGAUGUGAUAAUGCAGUAUAAAGAAUUGGUUGCAGAUGUUAGUAACAUAGAGGCUGGAUUGCUCCCAAAUACGAGGCGUGGUUAUACGUCUUCUUUUGCGUUGGAAUUUGUUGAUCAUCGUAAGAUUCAAACGUUUAAUAAGAGAGGCAAGUCUUAUGAUCACGAAAGAAAGAAAGGCGUACCAUGGACAGAGGAAGAACAUAGGCGAUUUCUAAUGGGGUUAGAGAAAUAUGGAAAAGGAGAUUGGAGAAACAUAUCGAGGAAUUUCGUGAUCUCUAAAACUCCAACACAAGUGGCUAGUCAUGCUCAGAAGUACUAUUUGAGGCAACUUUCAAGGGAGAAAGAGAGGAAGAGACCUAGUAUCCACGAUAUCACCACCGUCCAUCUCACAAACGAUGAGUUUCUCAACAAUAACAACAACAACGACAAAAAAUCGAUGUGUGAAGAGAGGUUGUAUAUGUCCUCAUUGCAGAGAUCAACAAGCACAACAGACGUACUAAUCGGCUGUUGGAACAACUCGAUCGAUGAAGACCUAAUGGCAUUUGGUCAAUUUGUGUGACAACUCAACUCUAUAGAACCAGAACAAAUAGACUGAUUGAUUGUGGUCAGGUCAGAGCCCUCUAUCGUUUGCUGGACGAUGUUGAACUAAUGUUGCUAUUCUCGCCUCUAUCGUUGAUCGAUUGAGAUUUGAAGAAAAAAAAUGUCAAAUCUUGAAUUUUGUUUUCAAUAUUAGUGUAUUAAUGUAAAUCAAGGUUUAAUUAGUUUGCUAUAUGCCUAGUUUCUUAGUUUCUUUGUUGUGCUUUCAAACUUCACACAUUUAAAUCUUCAAUCAAAUUCUCGUGAA